AUGUCUUCAACUGCCGCUCCAGUCCUCACGCACGAAGCUACACUGGACGCCCUGAGAGCCGAAGCUGCAAAAGCCGUUACCGUACAGUCCAACUCAGCUGUCGAUACCUCCACGAACGCUCCAGCAGAUGCCUCUCCGGACGCCCGUCCAAGACGAGACUCUACCUUCCUCGCGCUCGCGCCCACUCAGUCGAACAGCUUCCCGGCAUCGCCUCCAUCGAUGUCUCCUCGGAACUCGGUCGCUGCGGUGGACGCGGUUGAGCCUGCUCUCGGCAUGGAGACCAAGCGGCGCUCCAGCAGCGUCAGCAGCGGCGAGGCUGGACGCGCAAGAUUUCUGAAGCUCGGCCCUGUUCACUACGGUGGUGAGAUGGGGGUCUCGGAUUACGCUGAACAGGAGGAGUGA